AUGGACGGAGGCGCCACUCUUGGCAGAGGCCAAGUAUUCUCAGUCCAAAAUUAUAAGAAAGGAGCCCGAAUCUGGCACCGACACCCUCAUCUCGUAUGGAUCGGUGGCGUUCUCGAAGAGGAUAUCAGUUUUCAGACGAGACAAGUCAGACUGAAAUUGGAGGAUGAUACGACGGUGGAGUACGACAUCACCUCCCUGGAGCAACUUCCAUUCCUCCGAAACCCCGCCUUUCUCGUCGGAAAAGAUGAUCUUACGUUGCUCUCGUAUCUUCACGAGCCGGCGGUUCUCCACAAUCUUCAAGUCCGUUUCGUGAAUAGUCAAUCGAUAUACACUUACUGUGGAAUAGUGCUCGUCGCAAUCAAUCCAUAUGCAGAUUGUUCUCACAUCUACCGAGAGGAAAUCAUUCAAGUAUAUCAAGGAGCCGGAAAAUCAGCGAGAGAAAUGGAUCCACACAUCUUUGCAGUCGCCGAGGAGGCUCACUUCGAUAUGGGUGCAUUCGGAAAGAGUCAAUCGAUUAUUGUGAGUGGAGAGUCUGGAGCUGGAAAGACGGUAUCUGCCAAGUUUGUGAUGAGAUAUCUGGCUUCGGUGGCGGCGAGUCGAUCGAGAAGUGAUCAGGGACGGACGACGAUUGAAGCGAGAGUUUUGGCUAGUAAUCCUAUCAUGGAAUCUAUUGGAAAUGCCAAGACUAUCAGAAACGACAACUCCUCUCGCUUCGGAAAGUUCAUACAAAUCAAUUUCUGCGAACGUGGCCGUCGAAUCAUCGGAGCGGAAAUGAAGACGUACCUUCUGGAGAAGAGUCGUCUAGUGUUCCAAGCAGGCGGCGAGCGAAAUUAUCACGUCUUCUAUCAGAUGUGCGCCGCCCGAAAUCAUCCGGUACUCAAAGAUCUUCAUCUGGGACCGUGCGAAGCUUACGGAUACUUGACUCAAGGAGGUGACAGUCGGAUUCCUGGAGUUGACGAUCGUGCAGAUUUCGAGGAACUUCUCAAAGCGCUCCAGAUGCUCGGAUUCGAUGGAAAACAGAUCUCCGAAGUGUUCCGUCUUCUCGCAGGUCUUCUACUUCUCGGCAAUGUUCACUUCGAGAAUGGAGAGUCGUCGUCGGCAGUGUCCCCUGAAUCCGCUCAGGAAAUCUCAAGAUUGUGUAGAGAGAUGUGGGAGAUUAGCGAAGGAGAUUUGAGAGUUUGGCUGACGAGACGAGAGAUUCGAGCGGUUAAUGAAGUCGUGACGAAGCCGUUGACGAAGAAUGAAGCUGUGAGAUCCAGGGAUGCUCUCACGAAGAUGUUAUACGCGCAUCUGUUUGGAUGGCUCGUUGAGAAGAUUAAUGAGGCGUUGAAUGACAAGGAAAAGGCGUCAUCGCCAAGUAAAAAACGCUCCGAUCGCUUUAUCGGCGUCCUAGAUAUCUAUGGAUUCGAGACGUUUGAUAUCAACUCAUUCGAACAGUUUUCCAUUAAUUACGCCAACGAGAAACUUCAACAACAAUUCAAUCAACACGUUUUCAAGUUGGAACAAGAGGAAUAUGUUCGGGAGGAAAUCGAAUGGGUCCGAGUGGAUUUCCACGAUAAUCAGCCGGCAAUCGAUCUGAUUGAGGGACCAGUUGGAAUGAUCAACUUGCUGGAUGAGCAGUGUAAACGUUUGAACGGGAGCGAUGCGGAUUGGUUGAGUCAGUUGAAGAAUAGUACGGAAUUGAAGAGGAAUCCACAAUUGGCGUAUCCAAAAGUGCGGAGUAACGAUUUUAUUGUGAGACACUUUGCGGCGGACGUCACUUACAGUACUGAUGGAUUUGUGGAGAAGAAUCGGGAUGCUAUUGGAGAGCAACUGCUGGAUGUAGUGGUGGCGUCGAGGUUUCAGAUGAUGAGAACUGUUAUUGGACCGGCUGCCGUGUCUUCUGGAGCAAAUGGAGCCACUGGAACCCCUGGAAAACGGACCACCAAGAAAACUGUCGCUAGUCAAUUCAGGGAUUCACUGAAAGAGUUGAUGCAAGUGCUCUGCUCGACACGCCCACAUUAUGUUAGAUGUAUCAAGCCGAACGAUAGCAAGAUUGAAUUUGAGUUUGAGCCGAAGCGUGCUAUACAACAAUUGAGAGCUUGUGGAGUCCUCGAAACCGUCCGAAUCUCCGCAGCCGGAUUCCCGUCUCGCUAUCCUUAUGAGGAAUUCGCACGACGAUACCGGGUGCUCUACACGAAAGAAGCGGCGAUCUGGAGGGAUUCACCGAAGAGAUUCGCAGAGUUGGCGUGUCAACAGUGUCUGGAAGAGGGAAAAUAUGCUGUGGGAAAGACGAAAAUCUUCUUGAGAACUGGACAAGUUGCGGUGCUCGAGCGAGUCCGAUUGGAUACCCUUGCUGUUGCGGCGACGAUGAUUCAGAAGACGUGGAAGGGAUUCGUGGCGAGACGAAAGUAUGAGACGAUGAGGAAAUCUCUUCUGAUUGUUCAAGCUUCACUGAAGGCGUUCUUGGCGUUUAGAAGGAUCAAAUAUCUGCAAAUGCAUCGCGCUGUUAUUACAAUGCAAUCGGCUACCCGUGGAUUCUUGGAGCGUCGAAAUUACGAGAGAAUUCGAAAUGCGACGAUUGGAAUUCAGGCGGCAUUUAAAGCUCAGAGAGUCCGAAGAUAUGUGGAGAAACUGCGUUACGAGAAGUCGGCGAUCACAAUUCAAUCGGCGUGGCGUGGAUACGCGGCGAGAAGAGAGCAAAUUGCGAAGAGACGGAAGGUGGUCAUGGUUCAGUGUGCUGUUAGGAAAUGGUUGGCGAAGCGAAGGUUGAGAGAACUCAAGAUAGAAGCCCGUUCGGUGGGACAUCUCCAGAAGUUGAACACUGGUCUCGAGAAUAAGAUCAUCGAGUUGCAGAUGCGAUUGGAUAUUGCUAACGCACGAACCAAAGAAGAGACGGAGAAGUUGACGACGAAGAGCAAGGAUCUCGAGAAGACAAAGGCCGAGUUGGCCAUGAUGGAAGCGGAGAGAUUGACGCUUCUCGAAGCACGACACCGAGUGGAAGUGCUUCAGGAGGAGGUGGAGCGACUUGAGACGGAAUGCGAUCUGAAAGAGGCUCAACGUGGUGGAAUGGAGACGAAAGUGGUGGAUUUGCAGAGUCGAUUGGAACAGAUGCAAUCAGAAUCUGGACAAGCCAUCGCCGAGCUCACGGAGCAACUCGAGAAGGCCCGUACCGAUCGUCAGCAAUGGGAGACUGAACGACAGAAGAUGGAGGCGGAGUUGCAAACGGAACGCGCCGCCCGUCAUGCUCUCGACUCGGAAGUCGUCGCGAUGAGAGAACAGCUGAUGAAGAAUGUUGAUUUGUUUGAGUCAAGUACAUUCCAGAAAAGAUCGAGUCCCAAGAAGUUGAGAGAUGAGGACGGUUGCUCGAGGACCACUUCGAAUUUGAGUCAGUUGACAGGCUCGUUUACUGCUGAAACUGCUCCACGUGGAUCGCCUGAAUCCCUUCUUGACAACAUGGCUAUCACUUUCGAACAACUGAGAAUGAUCAACGAUUUGCGGCAACGAAAUGAGCAUUGUCAACGAGAAACGGAGCGAAUGAAGGCGAUUCUCGAGGCGUCCACUCUUAUCGAGACGCUUGAUAAGAAGACGUCACUGAAGGCGUUCGAAUCGAUUCGCGUUGGAGAGCUGGAGGGAGCUUAUAAUAGGCUUAAGAAUGAUAUGGAACGAAUUGUUAGCGGACAGAAUGGAGCAACUCAUUCGGUGUUUGAGAGGAUUAUGGAGGAGAACGAGAGAUUGAGGGAUGAGGCUGUCGAGUUGAGAUCCAUGUUGUCUAGUCAUUUUGAGAGACAAUCUGUCGCUGGAAGUAGUGGAUAUCGGAGAUCACCGAGACCUGACUCGGGGCAUUGCUCUGGAGCGGAUUCGGAGGAUGGAAGUAGUGCGGCGGAUUUGGAAGAGGAUUUGUGUAUUGAGCGGCAGUGUCGACAUUUGAAGAAUUUGGCUGAAAACCUCACCCGUAUGCUCACAAAUCAAAAUCUGGAAAUCGAACGUCUUCAACAACAACUUCGUUUCAGCGAAUCGCAGACUGUCUUCCGUCGACAUCAUCCAUUUCCUUCCGCCUCUCAAGCAGAUACUUUUGUUACUCACAAAUAG